GGAAGCUUGUGUUCAGAGCAGAGCAGAAGUGCGUCGAGCUUCAGCCGGGCUGUACCUCUCGAAAUGGGACUAAGAGACGAACUUCUAAAGUCGAUAUGGCAUGCCUUCACAGCGCUGGAUUUGGACAAAAGUGGGAAAGUGUCAAAGUCUCAGUUAAAGGUGCUAUCCCAUAGCCUGUGCACUGUGAUGAAGAUUCCUCAUGAUCCAGUGGCUCUGGAGGAGCACUUCAGAGAUGAUGAUGAGGGACCGGUCUCCAAUCAGGGAUACAUGCCCUACCUGAACAAAUUCAUCCUGGACAAGGUACAGGACAACUUUGAUCGAGUGGACUUUAACAGGAUGUGCUGGACGCUGUGUGCCAGGAAAAACCUCAACAGAAAUCACUUACUCAUCUCUGAUGAUGACGCAUUUAAGAUCUGGUGCAUAUUUAACUUUCUCUCUGAGGACCGGUACCCCUUGGUCAUAGUCACAGAGGAGAUUGAGUAUUUUCUGCGUAAGUUGACAGAGGCGAUGGGAGGUAGCUGGAUCGAGGAGAAGUUUGAGGACUACAAGAUGCAGCUGAGCUUCAAACAGCAGUGCCUGAAUGUGUGGGAGCUAAUCGAGCUGGUCGGCAUGGGCCACUUCAGCAAAGGGAUGGACCGCCAGACCCUCUCCAUGGGCAUCAGUGAGGUCUUCCAGGAGCUCAUAUUGGAUGUGUUGAAACAGGGUUAUAUGAUGAAAAAAGGCCACAAACGGAAAAACUGGACUGAGCGGUGGUUUCUGCUCCGCCCCAAUUCAAUCGCAUACUAUGUGAGUGAAGAUCUAGCAGAGAAAAAAGGAGACAUACUGCUGGAUGGAAACUGCUGUGUUGAGUCUUUACCAGAUAAGGAGGGGAAGAAAUGCCUUUUCUUUGUCAAGUGCUCAGACAAGAGUUAUGAGAUCAGUGCCUCUGAUAAAAAGAAGAAACAGGAAUGGAUCCAAGCCAUACAGACAUGUAUCUCUCUGCUGAAGAUAGGCCGUCCAGCACCACAUCAUGAAGCUCGGCAAAAGCGGCGAGAGCUGCGGCAGAAGCAGCAAGCUGAGCAGGAACAGUUGGAGCUUAGGAUGAAAGAACUCCAGACAGCCAACGAGAACAAGCAGAGAGAGCUUGAGGCCAUGAGAAAGAAACUGGAGGAGGCAGCAGCCACGGCAGCUGAGGAGGAACAUAGGCGUCUGCAGACCCAGAACCAAUUGGAGGACCUUUACAGAGCUGAAAUGGAGAAGGAGAAAAUGGUGAGGCUGCAGAUGGAGGAGCAGGUGGCGCAAAAGUCCAGUGAGCUAGAGCAGUAUCUGCAGCGUGUCCGGGAGCUGGAGGAUAUGUACCAUCGUCUGGAGGAAGCACUGGAGGAAGAGAGGCAGGCCAGGCAGGAUGAAGAGACUGUUCGCAAACUGCAGGCCAGAUUGCUGGAGGAGGAGGCAGCAAAGCGCUCAGAGCUGGAGCAGAUCCACCUGCAGCAACAGCAGGCUAUCUCUCAGACGAAGGCCGAGAAGGAGGAGCUGGAGAAAGCACGACUGGAAAAGGAGAGUGCGCUGGAGGACGCCAUGCAGCAGCUACAGAGGCUGGAGACAGAGAGGCAGAGCGCACUGGAGCAGUAUGAGGAAGUAAUGAAGAAACUGGAGGAUGCUGCUAAUAACACAAAAAGCUGGAAAGACAAGGUGGCCCAACAUGAGGGACUCAUACGUCUUAUACAGCCAGGCCCAAAAGGCCCUCAGAAGAUCACCAACUGGGGUCCUGCAGCCUUCACAGAAACAGAACUGAGUCUGAGAGAGAAGGACUGGCAGGAGAAGAAAAACAGGCCUGCUCAGACUCAGUAAGGCAUUGCUGUUCUGCCUGCGUUACUGCAAAGCAUUCUUAACCACUACUGAAUGGGGAAACACUGGCCAAGUGGGCUGCGUUCCACUCAAACGGACCUUUGAAACACCUUGUGUGACUGUGUAGUAGACUCUAAUUUCGCUGUAUCUGUUAUCACUCCAGUCAUACUGUAACAUUGCAGGGCAUUGUGUCACUUUUGUGGCUCUUUUGAAGGGAUUUAUAUUCUUGUUUUUAUAAAGUACAAUAUUCUCCAUGGAUAUGUUGAUUUAGUUGUAUUUUCUGCCAAAGUGGUGACAGAUUUUGCACAGAAAUAAAUAAAAUGUCAAAGAUUGUUCAAUUUAAAGUGGAAAAAACUGUCAUUCACCAAGUAAUGUCAAAAACAUCUAAAAAAAAUAUCUAACCUGUAACCUUAUCAGUUUUUGUGACCUAACUUAGUAUUGUUAAAAUGGAAUUGGGGCACCAUGAACAGCAAAAUGCAUUGAAGGGAUGAAUGAAGUACUGUGUAGAAAUAUGUUUUUGUACUUUGUGUAGAAUGGCAUUUUUUUUAACAACACUGACACAAACAAAAUACAUUAUAGAUUCAGUUUUGUUUAUGGAGACAUGGCUACAGUAUUAAGCUGUUAUAACACCAGAGUAGUUCUAUAAUUGAAAGUUUUACAAGAUAUCAAUGUCUUUGAAUUUUCUUUUUGUCACAAACAGUAUUCUGCAUGUUUGUAUCAAACUAACAUAAAGUUCAGACUUGAGACCUUUUUUUUCUUUAUGAAGAUUUAUUGAAAAUUAGAAUAAAACGUUACGUUAUGUUUAAGUGUCUGAAAUCAUUAGUUCUGAGGAGUUAUAGAUUAAAUGUAGCACCACUGUAGCCUGUAAUACUGGUUAUUAUAGCUAUUAGAAUUUUGCAACUAAUUAUUACUAUUUAACUAAUUUGUUUUGCAGUAAAGACCUCUAACGUGCAUAUUUGGUGUAAAGCACAGUUUCCCAGCUCUGCUCUUGCAGCUCUAGUGCCCUGCAUGUACCUUUUUACUAAGUGUUUCGUGAUUAAAUGAUUAGUUUUAAAACCA